CUACCCCGCGUACUCCUCGUACAAGGCCGUGAAGACCAAGAACGUGAAGGAAUAUGUGAAGUGGAUGAUGUACUGGAUUGUCUUUGCCUUUUUCACCACAGCAGAAACGCUUACAGACAUUGUUCUUUCUUGGUUUCCCUUUUAUUUCGAGUUGAAAAUCGCAUUUGUGAUUUGGCUGCUGUCCCCUUACACCAAGGGCUCCAGUGUCCUCUACAGGAAGUUUGUGCACCCAACGCUCUCCAAUAAGGAGAAGGAAAUUGAUGAGUAUAUCACUCAGGCUCGUGACAAGAGCUAUGAAACCAUGAUGCGAGUUGGCAAGAGAGGGUUAAACCUGGCUGCCAAUGCAGCAGUUACUGCAGCUGCAAAGGGUCAGGGAGUUUUGUCUGAGAAGCUGCGAAGUUUCAGCAUGCAGGAUCUUACUCUGAUCCGCGAUGAGGAUACUGUGCAUUUGCGAAGCCACAAGCCACAGUUGCACCCCUCUACUGGGAGCCUCCUUGAAACCAUUGAGGAUUCAGCUUCCUGUUACUCCUCAGGAGAGGAGAGCAGUGUGGCACACAGAUCUAAUGGAAACCCAUCUGAGGCUAGAACAGACCCAUCAGAUGAAGAUGCAGGAGACAAACUGCCAAAACGUACCCAGAGCCUCAAAGCUUCAAAGAAGAUGUCAAAAACUGAGCUUCCAGUAAGAAGUGUGAAAGCUCGCCCCAAGAAGAAAGCUGCAGGCUCUGUUGCUUCUGUUGAGUCAUCCUAAGGAGACCUCCCCCUCCCCAGCAUCUGUCUCUGUCCCAGGAUUUGCCUGUCACCUUCGAGAGGAAGCUUCAAAGGAAGGGAGCUGAGAUUCAUGUACAUAACAGCUACUGCUUUGUAGAGCCCUUUCCAAGGCAAGGGGGAGGCUGAGAUUUAGAAUAUGAAUUAGAGGAUGCAUAUCCUCCGGAAUUUUCUCCUUUUCAUCUUUCUGUUGGAGGGGAUGCCAGUAUGUCUGUACAUAGUCUGUUGCUUUGGGAUUCCCUCUGUAUAAGCCUUGUUGGGGAGAAUCUUUGCUGGAAGAACUGACUAGGGUUAGAGACAUCCUUUGCAGAAAAGAUAUUAGACAUUGGAGUUCCACAGGGGUGGGUGGCUCCC